CUUAAUUCAUGACCCAUGAGACAUGAGGCAAAGACAGGCGUGCCAAUUCUCUUUAUGCUACAAAAAAACAACACCAAACGCCUCAGUCUGCUUUUUCUUGGUUCUUUAAGAUUCUUGUGGAAAAUGUUUAUCAUCGUCAUCAUCAAAUUUCAAAACCCAAAACCAUAAACCUCAAAAAUCACACAACAAUCACAAAUCCCACUCAAUUAAUCCUCCAAACAUCGAUCUUCUAUUCAAUCAUUCAUUCAAACUUUGAUUGAAAUGAGAGUACAACGAGUAAAAACACCUUCCUUCUUUCUUCUCUUUCUAUCGUUUUGGGGUUGUUCAUAUGCCUUACUUUCGCCAAAAGGCGUCAACUUCGAAGUUCAAGCUUUAAUGGGUAUCAAAGCUUCAUUGUUGGAUCCUCAUGAUGUUCUUGAAAAUUGGGAUGCUGAUGCUGUUGAUCCAUGUAGCUGGACUAUGAUCACGUGUUCUUCCGAAAGUUUAGUCAUUGGCUUAGGGACACCUAGUCAAAAUUUAUCUGGCACACUUUCUCCAAGCAUUGGCAACUUAACCAAUCUUCAGAUUGUAUUGUUGCAAAAUAACAACAUCACAGGAUCAAUCCCGGAAGAAAUUGGUAAAUUGAAGAAGCUUCAAACACUUGAUCUUUCCGAUAAUCAUUUCACCAAUGAAAUCCCAUCUUCUUUAGGUCAUUUAUCAGCCCUUCAAUACAUGAGGCUAAACAACAAUUCUCUUUCUGGGUCAAUCCCAGAAUCGGUAGCAAACAUGACGCAACUUGCAUUUGUAGACUUGUCCUUCAAUAACUUGAGUGGCCCUGUUCCUAGAUUUCCUUCCAAGACCUUUAACAUCAUUGGGAACCCAAUGAUGUGCAAAACAGGAUCCGACCAACAAUGUUAUGGAAUGACACUUAUGCCCAUUUCUAUGCCAUUAAACAACACACAAUCCGAAAACACCUUGGAAAAACGUAAAACUCAUAAAAUCGCUAUUGCUAUUGGUACAAGUGUUGGAUGCAUCUUGUCACUCAUAUUUGGAAUUGUGUUGAUAUGGUGGAGGAAAACUCGUAAUUGUGAACUCUCAUUUGAUGCUGAAGAUAAACAUCCGGAAGAAGUUUCACUCGGAAACUUGCGGAAAUUUCAACUCCGGGAACUUCAAAUCGCAACACACAACUUCAGCAACAAGAACAUAUUAGGAAAAGGGGGUUUUGGGCAUGUCUACAAAGGGAUCCUCAACGAUGGAACAUCGGUGGCUGUCAAGCGGCUGAAAGAUGGCGGAGCCGCCGGCGGAGAACGGCAGUUCCAAACGGAAGUCGAAAUGAUCAGCCUAGCAGUUCACCGGAAUCUCCUCCGGUUAUACGGAUUCUGUAUGACUCCGACUGAAAAGCUCUUAGUCUACCCAUAUAUGUCCAACGGCAGCGUCGCUUCUCGCCUCAAGGGGGAAAGUAAGAUUGAUGUACAUUUUGCAUGGAUACAUGUACUUUUAUUCAUGGCAAAACCAGUGUUGGAUUGGGGCCUUAGGAAGAAAAUUGCAUUAGGGGCAGGGAGGGGAUUGUUGUACCUUCAUGAACAAUGUGACCCUAAAAUCAUUCAUAGAGAUGUCAAGGCUGCAAAUAUAUUACUCGAUGAUUGUUGUGAGGCGGUUGUUGGUGAUUUUGGGCUCGCAAAGCUUUUAGACCAUCAAGAUUCUCAUGUCACCACUGCGGUUCGGGGCACCGUGGGCCAUAUUGCACCUGAGUAUCUUUCAACGGGCCAAUCGUCUGAGAAGACAGAUGUUUUUGGAUUUGGGAUCCUUCUGCUUGAACUCAUCACGGGUCAACGGGCUCUAGAAUUUGGAAAAGCCGCAAACCAGAAAGGAGCAAUGCUUGAUUGGGUGAAAAAGAUCCAUCAAGAGAAGAAACUAGACAUAUUAGUAGACAAAGAUUUAAAGAAUAAUUACGAUCGAAUGGAGUUGGAAGAGCUUGUAAAAGUGGCUUUGUUGUGCACACAGUAUCUUCCCGGCCACCGGCCAAAGAUGUCGGAAGUUGUACGGAUGCUGGAAGGUGAUGGGUUGGCAGAGAGAUGGGAAGCUUCACAGGGGAUAGAGUCCACCGGAAAGUUCAGAACGCCGGAGCUGUCUUCGUCGGAAAGAUAUUCUGACCUCACAGACGACUCUUCGUUACUUGGACAAGCCAUAGAACUCUCUGGCCCAAGAUGAAUUAGUUAUGUAUUAUCAAGUGUAUCUAUUUUUUUAUUAUCAAGUUUUAAAUUAAUUUUUUUAGUUCUUAAGUCGUUUAUUUGUACAAAGUUUUGUCGAGAAAAGCGUGAAUUAAAUAAUAUAGUUUCUAUUUUUUUUAUAUUUAAAA